AUGUGGAAGCUGGUUCCAGCCGCCCAGCCCAAUCCAGGUGAACCACAUCAUCUUUUAAUUGGCAUUGAAUAUGUUGUUGGACGCAAGAAUUGUGCCAUUUUAAUUCAAGAUGAUCAAUCAAUCAGCCGAAGUCAUGCAGUCCUUUCUGUUACUCAUCCUCCAGUUAACCUUAGUCAAUCAUCUACAUUUCCUGUGUUAACACUAAAAGACUCCUCUAAAUAUGGUACCUUUGUUAAUGGAGAAAAACUACCAAGUGGCAGUUCCAGAACUUUGCAGUCUGGUGACAGAAUCACUUUUGGAGUCUUUGAAAGCAAAUAUAGAGUGGAAUAUGAGCCCUUGGUUGUGUGCUCUUCCUGCUUAGAUCUCUCACAGAAAAGUGUUCUAAAUCAAAAUAUUCUGCAGCUGGGAGGCCACGUAGUGAGUGAGUGGAAAGAAGAAUGUACUCAUCUUGCCAUGGUCUCAGUCAAAGUUACUGUGAAGACAAUAUGUGCAUUGAUUUGUGGACGACCAAUUACAAAGCCAGAAUAUUUUGCUGAAUUAAUCAAAGCUAUUCAGGCCAAACACCAGUUACCUAAGCCUGAAAGUUUUCAACCUCCAGUUGAUGAACCAACUAUUAGGAGUGAAAAAUUAGAUCUGGCUGCAUGUCCUGCAAGAAGAGUAAUCUUCAGAGGGAAAAAAUUUGUGUUUCUGUCUGCUAAACAGUAUGCAAAACUGAGUCCAGCCGUCACACUUGGAGGAGGAGAAGCAAAACUGAUGACAGAGGGAGCAGAAGAUGCUGCUCUUUUAGUAGCGCCUCACGUUUGUGUUAUUGAUGUAGGAUUCACAGGCUCUCAAGCAUCAGUUUCUGACUUGGGGAAGAAAUGGAUUGAUACCAUCACAACUGUGUUGGAAAGGAAAAAGUAUAGGACAAUUUCAGAAGCAGAAAUUGGUUUAGCAGUUAUCUUUGCAUCCACAGAAAGGUACUGUAAUCCUCAAGCUUCUCCUAAUGCAGGAAUAAAACCUGCUUCUUCAUCAUCAGUUCUUACACAGCCAAGUCUGUCUCAGGAUGCAGUGGUAGAGGAGACAGCAAUGCCUGCCAUCACAGGUGAUGCCACAGCAUAUGUAACGGACACAGAGCUGGUGGACACAUGCAUGGAAAUAUUUGGGAGUCACAAAGAAAUUCCCGUUCGAGAACAGAAAGGCAAAAUGCAUCCACUGGACAAAACUACUGUAAAGGAGACCCCAGUAGGGACUGGGACUGUAAAUAUGUCAGCAGCCAAGCCGAACUGGCAGCCUGGGGUUGAUCGAAGCAGUUUAUCAUUGUCACCCUCUAAAAUUCCAGGGUGUGGCAGAAACAGCAAAAACAAUUCACAGCAGCCGUCCAAUUCCAUUAAAAAUUACUUCCAAGCAGUUUCUAAGAAAAGGGAAAGAAAUGAGGAAGGAGAAACAUCAGUGUCUAAGUAUGCAAAGGUAGAUGAGAAAUCAUCCCAGGCAUCCACUCACACUCAGCCUGUUAGGUCUUUGCUGCUGGAAAGCAAAACAGAAGUAUCUCAAAAGGGGCAAGGUACUUUGGAUCAGAAAAUGAAACAGUUUUCUGUAGACAUGACUAGAAAGUCUGUGAUGGGGAGCAGCAAAUCAGAAGAAAAAAACCCUAAUGAAAACAUUCCUGCUGGAAAACCUGCAUCAAAAAAGAGAAAAGGAUUGGAUGACAUAGUAGAAGACACUGCUUCAUUAGAACUUGUUUUUGAGGCCAAAGAAUUAGACUGGGAAGAAAAACUAGGGGAUGAUGAUGGAGGUAGUUGUGGUCAUGAGAAGAAGAAAAAGAAACUGGAAACUGAAGGGAAUGGUCUUCGAGAAAGAAGUUCCACAAGCCGAGAGACUGGGAAGGUAUUGCAAGAAAAUGAACAGGCCCUUCCGGCUUUACUCCAGAAACAAGAGAUAAAAAAAGAAUCAACACCCAGAACAAUAAAUGAAUCUCAUAAUCCUGAUACGUUUGCAGGUGAUUCUAGCAAUCUUCCUAGCAGGCUUUUGCUGACUGAAUUAAGAUCUCUGGUGGUUAGUCAGCCGAGGAGAGGGGUUGAUUCCACUGCAAAAACAAAUUAUGGACAUUUAAACAACUUCAAAAAAUUCAGAAAGGUUCCUUAUCCUGGAGCAGGACAGUUUCCACACAUUAUUGGGGGAUCAGAUCUGGUAGCUCAUAAUGCCAAAAAGAAUUCUGAAAUGGAAGAAUGGUUGAGGCAAGAAAUGGAGGAACAGAGUCGGCAUGCAAGAGAGGAGUCACUUGCUGAUGAUCUCUUCAGGUAUAAUCCCCAUGUAAAGAGAAGAUAGCUAUGUCUUGAUUUGGAUCUACUGCUGAGAAUAAACUUUGUUCGCCUGCUUGCUGACUAUACAUUGUAGCAUCAAA